AUGCCUGGCGUUGACGCUGCAACUAGCAGCUCCAAGAUGAAUUCGACGGUCAGUCCUACUCCUGAAACGACCGAGUAUCCUUUAGCAUUAAUCGUGGGAUAUGUCAUUCUCUACGCAGUGUUUUUUACUGUCGCGUUCUUUGGAAACAUAAUGGCGCUUCUAACUUGCUAUAGGAAAUAUCGCUCGUCGCGAUCUAUUCUCCUCUGCUACAUAUCCAGUUUAGCCGCCGCGGAUCUUUUAUUUGCCAUUCUCUCAACAAUCGAUGUGUCCUACUUCUUCCUGAAGGAAUGGCCCGGAGGCAAUGGUUUGUGCAAAAUACAAGGUACGCUUAUCGAGAUUUCUUACACCGCUUCUAUAUUGACCUUAGUUGCCAUUAGUCAUGAAAGAUCUCGCUCGGUCAGAUCAACCAGUCUAGCGAGAAAUCGGAGCGUUGCGCAACGAACUAUCGUGAUCAAAAUUCUGUGGAUAGUGGCCAUAGUUGUUUGCGCUCCGUUAUUCUACGGGUACGCGACCAAAGAAGAAAAUGGCAAGCAACUCUGCCUGAAUACGACGUGGGGAGACAGUGGAAGACAAACGUACUACAUGCUUCAAGCUGUGCUGAUUUUUGUCUGUCCUUUGAUGUAUAUGAUCUGGGCACAUUGGAAGAUUUUGCGAGUUUUGCAAACGCAUAUUAGAAACACGGCUGGUAUGGGAUCAGUGGAAUCAAAACAGCACAAAGUGACAAAGAUGUUAGCCGUAGUGACUCUUGUAUUUUUUUGCUGUUGGUCCCCUUUUAUCAUUAUACGAGCACUGCGUUACUUCUAUGUUUACGAGGGAAACGAAGUAUGGAGACUGACUCAGUUGAUAAUAUUUGGAAAUUCCGCAGCUAACCCUAUUUUGUACUGUUUUUACAGCGCGCAGUUUCGAAGGUCAUUUAAAGACAUUUUGCGGUGUAAAUUUUCUCUGAAAACGCCGAAAAGACGCAAGACUCGCACGGGCACUAACUCGACAUUUGCGUAUAACGUGAAACACAACAGCGUCAGAAGGGUAGCAGAAAUAGAAGGUCUGAAAGAUUCUGCGCACAAUAGCUCUUCAACGGCCUUUCCGUAG